GCCAGCUCUCCUUUGCUCGAAGGUUUGCUUACUGCCCUCUCUUUGACAUGGCCGUCAUCUCAUAUACUCAUCUUUUGAUUAUAGGGACUUACUUCAGAGACAUCAUUCCACAUACCACGAAGCAAGAGAUCCCAUGGAACCUCUUCCCGGUGGUGUUCCUACAGUAGCGGGGCGGACGCCUAUCGCCUGCCUCAACUGCGCCCAGGCUAAGACGGGCUGUGAUAAGAGAGUACCAUGCGCAAGAUGCGCAGACAAGAACCUCGAAUGUCAAGCGCGGUUUGCGCGACGCUCGUCGAAAGCUGCUAUGCGAGCUGCACAAGCAACUGCCGCCAUGAGCAGUAAUCACAACCACAGUCACAGCCAUAGUCAUGUCACCUUACCGCCACAACCUCAACCUCAACCUUCACCACCGACAUCAGCAACAACAGUCAAUCCCGCAUUCAUGGACAUAGAUCAAGGUACACCCAAACAGGAUCCACCUAUAAAGGCAUCGAUGUCACCCGAAAACAGCAACAUUAUGACAAUCGACCCACGAAUACAGCAACAUGAAAGUCCGAUUAAGAAGAAUUCACCUGCGAAUUCUCAUACGAGUAACGACGAUUUCCCAUCCCCACAUCCUAGAGUAGAAGGCCUUGACGACUUCCUGCAGCUAGGCAACGACUUCAUACAUCAGGAACCGAACUACCAAGACAUGCUUGUGUGGUCAGAGUAUCCACUAGAUCUCGACAUAUAUGCCGGGAACAUGCCUCUUGCUCAAGCUGACGUGUCUAUGCCUACAUUCCCGGAACUUAGCGACAUAUCGUCUAAUUCGGAGCAUAUGAGCUCUUCGCGAGGAUCUAUCCAUACGAGGAGCACUAGCAUCAUGUCUACUGCGGAUUUCGAACCAGUCACUAAGGCGGUGGAUAUGAGCUUAAACACCCCUACCGAUACCAUGAUCCCCGAGUUUGAGGUCGUCAUUGCCGCUGAGGCUGCCUGGCCGUUGGCGCGAUGUAACCCUCCUAUAUUUUCAGGUACAUGUCCGCGGACAGCGAUUGUCCAUUUGGAGUGUUUAGAGCAGAAGUCACGACACGAAGGUACCUGGAACGCCCUGGAACAGCAUCUAGAACAAGUGGACUGGGAUGCUGCCGACUUGGCUUCAGUGAUCCCCAUGACAUCCCGCACACGAGACAAGAUGCUUGCCAUCACACAGACCUUUCUCCACAAGGCCCUGGAAAUCCACCGCGGGGGUGUGAAUACGCAAAACAAGGCAUUUGCAAGUCCCAGAUUACUUAGUUUCUUGGUCCUACCCCCGUCGAAGAUACUGGAGUACUUCCUACGCAGCUACGUUCGGAACCUUUCGUUUUUUUACUCGUUAGUCUCGGCAGGUUGCGUGGAUCCCAACGAGAUGCUCCAGAAUAACCAGGCAGCCGCACUUCUAGUGCUGCUCAUGAUUGCCCAGGGGGCGUCUGCGGUCCCCACGGCGGAAGCAAGGGCUCUAUCAGCCGGCCUGAUCGAGACCUGCCGCAUAUCGCUGUUCGACAUCAUCGAGAAGGACAUUGAGAUGUGUGCCGACCCCACCGCUCUUCGAUGCGCGCUGCUGUUUACGCUACUGGGGGCUUGGAGCGGUGACAAGUGGCUCAUGGAUAUUGCCAUGGGACAACGGGGAAUGUACCUAUCGAUGCUAAAGCAUGCGGGAAUGUUUGAGUCCCAGCCGUCUAUGAUUCCAUCUUUCAACAGCUCGACCAAUGCAGAACUCCAGUGGCGUUCUUGGCUGCACCGGGAAUCUCAAAAUAGACUAGUGUAUAACUUCGUCAUGGUCGAUCAGGAACUAAGCUUGUUCCACGAUACCGCCCCUAUGCUAUCCACCAGCGAACUCUGCGCCCCCUUGCCGGGACCCGAGCUUCUCUGGAUGUCCGCUAACGCAGAUCAAUGGGUCGCAGCCGUGCAGUCGAUCUACGGCUGCACCGCCAACGUGAACCCCCAGCUUCUCACCACCCCCUCCCUAACCCCCUCCCUCUACGACCUCUUCCAAGACCUCCUAAACGACAACCUCUCCAGACGACAAGCCAGCAUCACCCCGCACCAAAUGCGGCUUCUCCUACAUCCAUUACAAUCAUGCCUCUACCACAUAACCCAAAUGCUCUCCUGCUUCCCCGACGUCAUGAGCGCCCGCCGUCUCGGCAACGGCACACACAUCAAAAACUCCUUCGAAUCGCGGCUCAACGAAAUCCAAGGCCUGCUCCAAAAAUGGUACGAGCAGACCAUCACGCACCACAAAGCACACCCCUCCUGCGCGACCACCAAAACAAACCUCGUGCUCUACCACCUCAUCUCGCUAAACGCCGUAACCAACUUCCCCGAAAUCGAGCGUCUCGCCCGCCGCGACGACUUCGACGGCUCCUACUGGGAGCUCUCGCUGCGCCACAAGCGCUGCGUCUACCAGCGCGAGGAAGCCAUCUUCCACUGCGGCCAGGUGUACCGUCUGCUCCGCUCUAUGCCCCGCGACCGCCGCCCGAAUUGGUGGGGCGCCGCCGUCUACCGCGCCACCCUCAUCCUCUGGACCGACAGCGUCUCCCGCCUCGACCCGAACUUCCAGAAGCGCGAUGAGUCCGGGCCCCCGGUGGCCGUUGACAUGGUCACGCCUGAGGACCCCGCGCUUAUUGCGUACUUGUGGAGCGGGGACGGGGUCCCGGUGCUGGCGGCGGCGAAGGGACGCGCGGCGGGGGGACUGGAGAAACCGGCUGGUGUUAUUGAGUAUGCGGUUAUGACGCUGGAGGAGGGCGUUAGUUCGCGUUUGAGUGAUGGCAUUCGACGUAAGCUUGUUGCGCUUGGCGCGAAUUGGCGCGCUGAUGCGCUGGCCGGGCCGGUGCCGACGCCGGUGUUGGCUGCGUGAGCUAGGGGUUCGGGUCUGGUCCCAGCGUGCUUGGUUGCCGGUGGCGAUUUACAUGGGACUACAAGGAUUUACCCCGGUAUAUGGUGCAUGUCUGCCUAAGUUGGUAGGCAUGAACGACUGGACUGACAGGUUAUCACAUAUCGCAUUCGCAUCUGUCGUUUGUUUCGCCUGUUUGAUUGAAAAGUUUCUUCUACGAUAUCACGGCUCUUCAUCUAAUACUCUUCUUUUUUCACUUCUGCUUCUGCUUUUUUUGACUACUUGCCUGUUUAUUUACCUAUACUACAUUUGCAUAAAAGUACCUAUUUAAGACAUUACACAUAUACAGUUGCCUGAGAUAGGGGAAAUAGGGAGGGGCAAAGGGAAAGGGGAUGCCGCAGAUAUGUCUGCGUUUGCACACAUACAUAUACCCGCAUAGGGGAAAUACACGUGGACGAUACGCAACCACGUAAGGGGUUUAUCUUAUUGCUGUUCUUCUUCUUCUCGUCGUUUGUGGUUACGACGUUUAUGCUAGGUGGGGACGGGACUGACAUCCAGGCGUUCGGUACUAAGGGGCUGGGAAGGGCACGCGCAUGGAUAGUCGCACGCCGGGGGGGAAUAACAGGGGUUAUCGGAAUAUUACAAACUACAGACGGUCCGAGGAUAUUACGUGUUACUGACGGGUACUGGAGAUUUUUAGGGGGAUGGGG